UUGUUUAUAUAAAACAAUGUAAAAUGAAAUAUCAACACUAGUUACUUGCAUUACAAAUUCUAACCAUCGAGCACCGGCGACAUAACCCUAAUUCCCUCGUCCCCAAUCACGCGCCGCGCAGAUCGAAGACAGAAUCGAAGCGCAGAGAGGAUUUUCUGAGGGUUUAUUGAUCUGUUGUGAAAGAGGCGUUUGAGGACAUAGUUAGAACAUGUCUAGUAAGAAGGAUGAGAAGUCUCAGGCUGCGGCGGAGAGGAUCAAGGCUGCGGCCUUGAGUGCUGCCAAAGGCCUUAGUCGUGCUCAGGCUGAAAGGGCGGCGACUGCGGCGGCUCGGAAUGUGAAUGCUUAUGGUCAGAAGGAAGAAGGGCCUAGCAGAUGGCAGGAGAAGAGGGAAGCGAAGAGGCAGAUGUAUCUGAUGAGUACUGAGAAGCCUGUAAAAUUGGGUGAAAGGAUAGGGGUUAAGCAUACAAUGUCUGGCUCGGCGCAGUGUCAGAAGUGUUAUCAAGGUGGUCAUUGGACAUAUGAAUGCAAGAAUGAACGGGUUUACAUUUCGAGGCCGUCCCGGACCCAGCAACUUAAGAAUCCUAAAUUGAGGGUGAAUGUGUCUGUCAGUUAUGAUUUGGAAAACAAUGAUGUUGAUGAUAAGGAGGAAAAGGCUAAAUCGAGCUCCAAGAAAGCCAAAAGGAAGCACCGUUCUGACUCUGAUUCUGGAAGUGAUAGUGAGGAUUCAGUUUUUGAGACUGAAAGUGGCUCAUCAUCAGUUACAGGGUCAGAUUAUUCUUCAGGAAGCAGUUCAGAUUCCAGUUCAUCUGAUUCAGAGGAAGAAAGAAGACGAAGGAGAAAGAAGAAGACCCAGAAGAAGAAGAAAGGAAGAAGGCACAAGAAGUACAGUUCAUCAUCAGAAUCAUCUGACUCAGAAUCUGCUUCAGACUCUGAUUCUGAUGAUAAAAGCAGCCGGAGAAAGAGGAGGCAUAGUAGAAGACACUGAAUUAGACUGAAGGAUGUGAGGAGCAGCUACCAGUUUGGUGAGUGGGUUGACAAGCUUGAUCAGUAUAAUCAUCAAUUUUCAGCAGAUAUGGUGCUUAUUAUAUGUUUGGGUAAUGUAGAAUAAACUUUGCUUGGGUUGCAUUUCUCUGUUCUUAUGUACUUUGUUAUCAGGAUAUGCUUGGUUGAUCUUUCACAUUUAACUCUUUGGUUGUCAGUUGUCACCUAUGCACUGUGAGAUGUUUUAGUAGUUAGAUCUUUCUUCAAAUUGAUGCAAGCUUCAAUACACUUAGAUACUCUCACUUACAACUUAA